AUGCCCACUUCCACGAUCAGAGAGAGCGAAGUCGACGUUCUGAUCAUCGGUGCCGGUCCUGCUGGUCUCAUGUGCGCCAACGGUCUCGCCAGUGCGGGCGUAAAUGUCCGCAUCAUCGACCAGCGACCUGGCAAGGUUGCUGCUGGGCAGGCCGAUGGCAUUCAACCUCGAACGAUGGAGAGUUACGGCCUCUUGGACAAGUUCCUCAAGCAAGCCAACCAAUUGCAUCUGGCUGCGUUCUACAAUCCGGGUCCGAACGGAGGGAUCGAGCGCACUAGCCGCUCGCCGGACGUUAGCGUACCAACCGCGCGCUUUCCCUUUGAGGCGACAUUGCAUCAGGGUCACAUAGAAAGACUGUUCUUGGACUCGAUGGAAGGUCACGGUCUAAGGGUGGACCGACCAACCGUACCGACAUCCAUCGAGGUAUCUGGAGAAGAAUCCGCACUCAAGAAUCCUCACGCGUAUCCCGUCAAGGUCGUCGUGACACACCUUGACGCGUCGCCGGGACAUGAAACGGAGGUAAUCCACGCCAAGUUCGUUGUCGGCGCCGACGGCGCGCACUCGUGGGUCCGCAAAUCACUGGGCAUCGCGAUGGAAGGAGAACAAUCGGACUAUGUCUGGGGUGUAGUCGACAUCACUCCCGACACCGAUUUCCCGGACAUUCGAAACAAGACCGCUAUCCACUCAGAGAAUGGCUCAUGCAUGAUCAUUCCCCGCGAGGGUGAUGUCGUCCGCCUGUACAUUCAGCUCGAUAACAAGGACGUCAUCGACCCCUCUACCGGCAGGUUGAAGAAGGACGGCUUCGGGCCCGAGCGCCUCUUGGAGGUCGCGAAGAAGUCUUUCUACCCGUAUAGGAUAUCCACGCAAUCGCCUGUCGACUGGUGGACCCUUUACCAGAUCGGACAACGUGUUGCCUCCAAAUUCUCGGUUGCGGACCGCGUGUUCAUCGCCGGCGACGCGUGCCACACGCACUCGCCGAAAGCAGGUCAAGGCAUGAAUGCAUCCAUGAACGACACCCAUAAUCUGGGGUGGAAGAUCGUCCAGGUCCUCCGUGGUUGGGCCGAUAUUUCUCUGCUCAAGACCUAUGAGUUCGAGAGAAGGAAGUACGCCCAGGAUCUCAUCGCGUUUGAUAAGAAGUUCUCCAAAUUGUUCUCCGAGAAACCGCAGUCCGAGCAGCGGGCAACCGGUGUCUCGCACGCCGAGUUCCACACCGCUUUCCAGACGUUCAGCGGCUUUUCCAGCGGCAUCAGAGUGCACUACGAGCCCUCCGCCAUCGUCGACAACGCGCGCCAGGAGCUCGCCCGCAACCUCACGAUCGGCGAGCGCGUGCUCCCGCAGCAGUUCGUGCGCGCCGCCGACGCGCGCCCGUACGAGCUCCAGGAUCUCUUGCCCGCUGACGUGCGCUUCAAGAUUCUCGUCUUCACCGGCCACGACCUCGGGCCGGCCCGGACGCUCGCGGAAAGGCUAGAGCCCGCUCUGAGCGAGCUGACCCCCCGCGACAAGAGCGUGCAAGACGUUUUCGACAUCCUCUCCAUCGUGCAGGGAAAGAAGGAGGAGGUGGAGUAUACCCAGGUCCCGCCGAUGCUGAGAUCGCAUUGGUCCAAGGUGCUCCUCGACGACACCGAUCUUACGGGAAAGAUUGGCGGAAACGGUUACGAAACGUACGGAAUCACGUCGUCCGGAGCUAUCGUCGUCGUGCGUCCGGACGGCUACGUUGGAUUCGUCUCUGCGCUGGACGAGGUCGAGCGUUUGAGCCUCUACUUCAAGGGUUUCAUGAAGGCGCUAUGA